ACGUACAGUACGAGUCCAUGAAACAAGAGCAUUACUCUUGUAAAAGUACUAGCUAAUAGUCUACGCUGUGUUUAUAGCAGAAAGGACAGAUCCUGUUGCGAGACUGCGGGAAAUGAUACUUACAGCUAUAGCUACCAGCCCUAGUUCAUAAAUAUAGCUUGUAAUCUAAAGAGAUACAUUAAUUUAAACAGCGCACAGUGCCUUGUCUAACUGUCAAAAUAGCCAGACUGCAUAUUUAACAUACUCGUUUGAUGUGUAUAGACUACUGUGGUUAAGAUAUAGUUUGGUAACUACUUGCAUUAUUAUUGUUCUAGUAAAAAAGAACAAGCCACAAUCUGUAGGUUAUACAGAAUCUCGUUGGCUGCCGUCACGACAGCAGCUAUAAGGUGGCGUUCAGUGCUAUAGCUCAUCCUAAUUUUCGACUGCGGAAAACCCCACUGCGGCUGACUGUUUGAGCAUGGCAUCACCGGCCGGCAGUGUAUCCCACGAAAAGCUAAAAGAGUGGAAACAGAAAGCCAGUGACUGCAUAGACGAAGCCAAGGACAAGCUAUAUGCGCUGAGCAGUGACAUAUGGCGCUGCGCUGAACUUGCCUAUGAAGAAAAACAAUCCCACGACAGGCUCGUUCGUUUCUUCAUAGAAGAACAAAAAUGGACUGUCGAAGGUCACUACAAGCUGGAAACCGCAUUCCGGGCGACGUGGGGUCCGGUCGGCGGCAAAGAAGGGGACAGCGUUGUCAAUGUCGGGUUCCUUUGUGAAUACGAUGCAUUGCCCGGCAUCGGACAUGCAUGUGGGCACAACCUUAUUGCAGAAGUCGGUGCUGCCGCAGCCCUCGGUCUGCAGGGUGUGUUGGAAAGCGUAUCCGACUGUCCUCUCCGCGUAAAGGUGACAGUUCUGGGGACGCCCGCAGAGGAGGACGGUGGAGGGAAGAUUGACAUGAUUCUGGCGGGAGCCUUUGAGGACGUGGACGUGGUCUUCAUGGCCCACCCGGCUCAGGAGGACGCCCCCUACCUGCCGGAUGUGGCGGAGCACGACGUGACGGUGAGGUACCACGGCAAGGCCUCUCAUGCAGCCGCGUACCCCUGGGAGGGGGUCAACGCGCUGGACGCAGCUGUGCUCGCUUACAACAACCUGUCUGUCCUCCGGCAGCAGCUGAAGCCGGCCUGGAGGCUCCACGGUAUCAUUAAGCAUGGUGGGGUGAAGCCCAACAUCAUCCCGGCCUACUCAGAACUGGAGUUCUACCUGCGGACCCCCACGCGCAAGGACCUGCCCACCAUCAGGUCCAAGGCAGAGAUGUGCUUCAGGGCUGCAGCCAUGGCAACCGGUUGCCAGGUGGAGGUGCAGUUUGCCAAGCACGAGUACCACAACAUCCUCCGCAACACCUCCCUGGACGGCCUGUACAAGGAGAACGGGGAAGCCCUGGGGAUCGAGUUCACCACGGACCAGGAGGUGCUUAGCACAUCCUCGGGCUCCACGGAUUUCGGAAACGUGUCCUACGUGGUCCCCGGGAUCCACCCCUACUUCUACAUCGGCACUGAGGCCCUGAACCACACGGAGGAGUACACCGCAGCUGCCGGUGCGGAGAAGGCCCAGUCCUACACGCUGCGGACGGCAAAGGCCCUGGCGUUCACCGCGCUGGACGUGCUGUUCCGCCCGGGCGUGUUGCAGCGGGUGAGGGCGGAGUUCACGGAGUCCAGGCUGCAGGAGGAGCGGGGGAGGAAGCGGAGGGAGGGUGGGGACGGCUCCGAGCCCAGGCACUGCGGGGGGGCUGCAGCGCUGCACUGAAACGGCAGCAUCUCUGCCAGCUGUGCCUCUCCGCUACGCCUCUCCACUCUGUCUCUCCGCUACGCCUCUCCA